GUCGCAGUUUAUCUUAGAAACUCGGCGUUAAAGAAUUGUCGCUGAAAGAAGUAGUAGAAAUAGACCCGACGGAAGGCGGGUGUGGGAGGAGUCGUCGCCACUGCUUGUUCAGGGCCUUAAAACGGAGUUGGCUGAAAAGGGCGGCUGAAGCCAAAUCCUUGGAAUGAGGCGGCGACGGAGGAGGUGGCUGAUGUGACGGACGGACGGGCCGACGGACGGUGGGAGGGAGACGGCGCGAGAGAAGAGGGGGAGACCGGCCGAGUGACGGCGCGCAUUUUCUCUGGCGCCGAGUACCCUCCCGAGUACCCCACACACACCGGCCCACUCACUUCGCCAGGAUGGAUGAACAGGAGGCUUUGAAUUCUAUCAUGAAGGACUUGGUUGCACUCCAGAUGAGCAGGUGUCCAAGAAAAUCUGGUUUUGAUAGCAUGAAGAACAAAGACACUUCACAUUCCCACAGACAGAAAAAACAUAGUGUCAACAACUCAGCUGUCCAUAGCAACCCCACUUCAAAAAAUCAGUGUACUCAUGCAGGAGAAGACAAAAAUGCUCAGAAUGACAUCAGGAUAAAGUUUGAACAUAAUGGGGAAAAGCGAAUUAUCCCUUUCACCCGGCCUGUCUUCUAUGAAGAAGUGCAACAGAAAGUGAAAUCAGCUUUUGGGCAGCCGCUGGAUCUCCAUUACAUGAUUAAUGAGUUGUCUAUUCCUUUGAAAAGUCAGGAUGACAUUGAUAAAGCUAUAGAUCUUUUGGACCGAAGCUCAAAUGUGAAAAGCCUUAGAAUAUUACUGCUGUCUCAAGACAAAAACCAGACUAAUUCAUCAUCCCAUUCUGGGAUGCCAAAACAAGUCAGAAUCAAAACUUCCCAGUCUGUUGGAGAUGUGAACGUUGCCUAUCCACCACCUGAAAUCAGAAGCAGACACCUGUCUAUCACUUCUCAGAAUACAGGUCGAAGUUCACCCCCUCCAGGGUAUGUUCCAGAGAGACAGCAGCGAAUUGCUCGUCAAGGAUCCUACACCAGCAUCCAUAGUGAAGGAGAAUUCAUCCCAGAAUCCAGUGAACAGUGUUUGUUGGAUCCUUUAAGCAGUGCUGAAAGCUCUAUAUCUGGCAGUUGUCAGUCCUUGAGCCAGUCAGGAGACAGCCUUUCCUUCCGAAAAUCCUGCAUGUCCCGGACUCAGAGUUUCCCAGACCACAGGCAAGAUUUUUCAGACCAUGAGAAUCCAAUCUGUGACAAAGUAGAGAAAGGUGGAACAUACCCUCGGCGUUACCAUGUCUCCAUGCAGCACAAAGAUUAUAGCGAUGGUCGGAAGACAUUUCCUCGCAUUCGGCGCCACCAGGGCAACCUCUUUACACUGGUGCCAUCAAGCCGCUCCUUGAGCACCAACGGAGAGCACCUAGGCCUGACAGUACAGUAUUUUGACCCCCGUGGGCACCUGCGGUGUGCUGACAGUGAGAAUACUCUCAUCAUGCAGGAGAGGAACAUCCCGACAAAGUCUCCAAGUGCUCCAGUCAACUGGCGACGAGGAAAACUCCUUGGACAGGGUGCCUUUGGUCAUGUGUACUUGUGCUAUGAUGUGGAUACAGGUAGAGAACUUGCAGCUAAGCAGGUCCGGUUUGACCCAGAGAGUCCUGAAACAAGCAAGGAAGUGAGUGCCUUGGAGUGUGAGAUUCAGCUGCUGAAGAACCUUCAGCAUGAGCGUAUUGUCCAGUAUUAUGGAUGUUUGAGGGACCGAGGAGAGAAGACCCUGAGCAUUUUCAUGGAGUACAUGCCAGGGGGAUCUGUCAAAGACCAGCUGAAGGCUUAUGGUGCACUGACGGAAAAUGUGACUCGCAAGUACACAAGGCAGAUUUUGGAAGGGGUCUGUUACCUUCACAGCAACAUGAUUGUACACAGAGAUAUAAAGGGAGCAAAUAUUCUCCGGGACUCUGCUGGCAAUGUGAAGCUUGGGGACUUUGGAGCUAGCAAACGGCUGCAGACCAUCUGCAUGUCUGGGACCAGCAUCCGUUCUGUCACUGGAACACCCUAUUGGAUGAGUCCAGAAGUGAUCAGUGGGGAGGGUUAUGGAAGAAAAGCUGAUGUCUGGAGCCUUGCCUGUACUGUUGUAGAAAUGUUAACGGAGAAGCCGCCCUGGGCAGAAUAUGAAGCCAUGGCAGCCAUUUUCAAGAUUGCCACACAGCCAACUAACCCCCUGCUCCCUUCCCACAUAUCAGAACCUUGUCGGGACUUCCUAAGGCAGAUCUUUGUGGAAGCCAGGCAGAGACCUUCAGCUGAAGAGCUGCUCCAGCACCACUUUGCACAGCUCCCGUACUAAAGUACUUCCCUGAAACAGCACUUCUUUCCUACGGUUUGAUACCUUCCCCUUUGAAGGAGCCGUGCUGUGGCCCAUAUCAGAACUUCAGCUCCAAAUGCUGUCUUGCUUACCUAGAAGGGGAGCAUGUGAGGAGCAAGUGAGAAUGUGAGCUGCUUUUAUAUAUUCAUUUUGGCACUGAUGCUUUCAGUGGAAGUGCAACUUGCAUUUGCCUCUCUUGUCUGUGUGCUAACACAGGGUAGUAUCCUACGCUGCGUGAAUACAAGCAGGACUCAUUGCUAUGCAAUGGGAAGCUAGUGAAUGCUGCUGCGGUUGCGAGUGAGUGGAAUGCUUGUUUCCAAAGCAGGCUAGGUCCGUGGAGCAUGUAGAAGAGAAGCUCUGUUGAUCAUAUCUAUGCUGAAAAUGAGCAUAUCCAUUUGUUUCUGGGAUUGCUGGUGGUCCCACUAGUGCAAGAGAAACAGCAGAAGUGGAGCAGCCCUAUUGGAUAUGGCCUAUGAUGCCAUGACAUGUUGAUGGCAUGUCUUCACAAGGACCGGAGCUGGGAGCAGUCUAAGAACCAUCUCAUCUGAAUGUAGUAGAGUGACAGAAGUUGGUGGAAGGGGAGGAGGUAGAGUUUGUGAUAAAAGCUAAAAGUUUAAAAAUGUGUGUUGGGCUCCUGUUACUAUUCUCUGUUUGACAUUCCCAAAGACAUGAUCAAGUCAAGUGCCACAGAGAACAUGCACUCUGUUUUAUUAUUAUUAUUAUUAAUAUUAUUAUUAUUAAAGUAUUCAGCAUCUGAAAGUGUUCAGAAAAUAUUGAUUUAAAUAUGUGAAUAGUUGUUUUAUAAUAACAAAGGAGUGAGAGGAAAGGUUUUCCUUUUCUUUUUUCUUUUCUCCUUACCUGUUUCUCUUUCCCAUACACUUUUCUGAAUGAGGAGAUAGGGUGUUCCCAUGGAACCUAAGCACAAAGGCUCCCUGAUUGAAAUGAGGGCAUCAAACUUCAUUUUCACAGGGCUCUCUGAAGGUGCGGUUCAGGAUUGUGCACUCUGUGUUUAUGCAGUUAUUUUGUGCUGACACAGAAUUUAAUAUUUGGCACAAAAAUUUGCAUUCUGUGACUCCGUACUUAUCUUUUUAAUUUAUUUUAUUUAAAAAAUGAAAAAUGGAAGAUUCCAGUCUUAAUGGCUGCAGAAAAUGCUGAAAAGACAGAUGUCUCAUGGUUUUAGAAACCAGGGCAUAGUCAUUGGGAUAUGUGUUUAGUGUUCCUUCAGUGAAGAACAAAAGCUAAAUAAAUGAUUGGAACCAAGAAUAUAUAUGACGUUUUACUUUAUUUGCAUAAUUUAUUAGAUGAGAAGAAUGUGCCAUUUCUAUGGAUUGUUUUAACACAAGCUGGAUAUAGACAGGGAAUAAAUAGGUCCCUCUCUUAGAUGCAUACCUUAAGAUAAUGAGGGGGUUGUGAGUGUCAGAGAAGCUAAGAGCAACGCUGCCAGGAAGCCAGAAAGAUGUCUGCCAUGUAUGGAUGGGUGUCACUUGCAGCUGAUGAAGAACAUCCCUCUGUUGGUGUUCCACACAGCUAGGCUAUCAUGCCACAGUUGAAACACCAUUUUCUAUACUUCCAUUGUAUCACUUCUUUUAACCUGCAGAACAACUGCUGGUGCCAUACAUAAUUUUUGUGCCAGCCCUUCUAACUGAAGAGGAUUUCCGUGCUCCUGAGGUCUUACUGCAGGGAAUGGCAGAACAUUGCUACUGACCCUACACAGAAGACAUCCUGCCUUCCAUGCUAAGGAGCAAAGGCUUGUCAGGCACCUAUGAGAGAGGAGGGGGGUUUGCCCUUCUACAGCUAUUGUUUUUGUGUUUUCCAUGUGUUCUGCAACACUAACAGCAUUAUAGAUGGAGUUUGUGUGACAGAACAGUACAGAUAAUUGAGAUACAUAAGCAAAAGCUUUAGCUAUCCCCAUGUUUUCCUACAGUGUUCUAAUCCUACAGUUGUGUGAUACAAAAGUCAAAUGCUGCAUUAUUUGCUGGCUAAGAAUCUUGCAACUUUAUUAAAGCAGGGAACUCCUCAGCAAUUUAGCUGGAAAUAAUCUGAGGUGAAUGACCCUCACCUAUUGUUCACGUUAUACAAUUAUGGAUAUAGGACCAGGUGUGCUCAGGCAGGCCCACUGUAAGAUCAGGCCCUAUGUUGGUAUCCUUCAGGGAGUUCACAUAUGCUACAGGAUGAUAUAAAGCCAGAGGUAUAUCCCAGGAGCUUUGUCACUUUUACACUCCCACCCCCAUCUAUUGCCAUUACCAAAUUUCAGCAUUGUGGUGGUUGCAGAAACAGUGUAUUUUCUAGUUCCUCCUGAAGUGCAAUUUUGCAUUGAAGCAAAGCAUUCAUUGCUUUAAAGGGAAAGCAAUGCUUUUUUGCCACUAACCUACUAGUGAAAUUCACCAAUUCACUGUUAUGGCAGCAGUUAUUUCAUUAUUGGAGUUGCACCCCACAUUGGCCAGAAAUUUAUUCUCUGACCUUGGAAGUUGCACACUUCUGGUUUAAAGUUUCAAGAUCUUGCUCAAGAUAAAUAAUGUAACAAAUGUAUCUUCUGGCAAAUGGCACUGUGCAUAAUGCUUCCCUUGUCUGCUGUUGGCAUUGGAUAGUUUAUCCACCUUUGUUCCUUUUUGAUCUUUAUGACCAUCCUGAAAGCACCUGAGGACUGUUAGCUGUUUUCACCUGUUUCAACAAUUUCUCAACUUUUUAGAGAGGUGCAAAUGCUUAAUUAAAUUUCAAGAUGGCCACCUAAAGCCUAUUACAGUGGUCAAGAGCAGAGUCAGGCAAUGCCUCCAAUAGACCACUAGUGCUAUCUUUCAAGCAAAAUGCAGAUGACAUUUGGAAAAAGGGUAUCAAAAAAUGCCUCCCUUCUGUCCACAUCCUCAUAGUGGCAUGGUGUGAAGCAGCCACCCCGUCUGCUUAAAGUUUUCAAAAUAUUGCUUUAAGAAUGGAUGCUGGUUUGUCAGAUACAAUAGAGGGGUCAAAGUAAGAUGUUCUCAUUUUCUCAUUUCAGGUCAAAUGUACAAACUGUAUGCAGUGAUUUUUUAACCUUGCUUAUCUGUCUGUCUGUAGGUCAUGAAGGUAGAUUGAAAGAUUUGAAGGGUGCUGUCCUGAGAUUUCUCUACCCUUUGUGAAAACAACUAUGCUUUGAGAUAUAUCUUAUAACUUUGCAAAUGCCCAACAGCAGUUCCUCCCUCCAUCUCUCUCCAAGAAUGUGAUAUGUUGCCUUGGCUCCCUCUUAAUAUGAUACACUCCAGUACAGGGCCACUGAUUCAGCAUAAACAAUAAGCCAAAAUGUUGCCUAUCUGGUCAGUGAUGCACUUUUACAAAUAUUUUUAUAUCACUCUCUAUAUGUUAAGCUUUUUCUAUCAUAUAAACAAAUUGAUGCCUCAUACUUAUUUAUACUGUAUCACUGAUUUUAUACAUAUGUUAUAUAGUUGUUAUGGGAUGGGGAGGGAGGAAAUUGACACUUUUUGAAUUUUAAAAAGAGAAGCAGCUGGUUUUGCAUAGAAUUUGAUUAUAGUUUUAUAAGAAAAUGCAUCAAGCCAAAAUUCUUCUUUGUUUCCUUGCUAAUCUAUUGCCUAUGACGGGAGGAAAUUUUGAAUUAGUUUUAUAAAAAUAAGCAAGUGCUCACAAUAAUCGAAUGCAAGGAUGGGGUGUUUUCAGACCCAUGUGCUGCAGAUGCUUUAUAAAACAGUUGUAGUUCACAGUUUCCACAGCAGUCUCACUGAAGUCACUGGGGCCAUUUCAGGGAGGCAUAACCAUUGGAUGUUUGCAUGACCACAAAAUUGCAGCCUGAAUAUUUUAAAAAGUAGUUGUUCAUAUUCCUAUAGACUGCAUGAAUCACAGAAUGCAAAUGAUCCAAGAAAGAAGACCUUGUUCUAGAAGUCACCGAUUUGCUUUGUAGUGGCUCAUGGACUGUGAAGAUUCCUAGCGGUGCUACUGAAGUAACACAGAAGAAGCAAGGAUUUAGGUCACUUACAAUUCAUGCCAAUUGUCAAUUCACAAGCCCACUUGAGUUCCAUGAGAUCUUUUCUCUUAGGUGGGAACAUAAAUAAGUUCAAUCAGAAAGUAAUUUCUUUCUGCAUAGUAAACCUCUUAAUCUUUGCAAAUUCUCUCUUGAGCACUUUGUGGCCCCAGAAAAGCUCAUCUUUCAGUUUUGCUUUCAAUAAACAUUGCUAGUCCUUAUAGAUGCUGAAAGAUGAUUUACAAAUUUUCUCAGAUGGAAAUAUAAGCCUGUGUGAGGAAACAAAGAUGAUGUUUCUGCUUGCCAUGACGAUUCUGUACACUCCAAGUUCACCCACCAAUAGUUUGUUAAAUUGUGGCAUUAUAACCUAGUUAUUGCAGGCAACACAUCUAAAGUAGCUUUUUGCAUUGAAGAAAGCAACCAUUAGUAGGCAGUGUUUAUCUCAUCCUUAUCAUCCUUGAUGAAUUUCUGCAUAUUUGUAUGUUUAUUAUGACUGAUCUAGCAUCUGAUCUCUGGACAAGGAUUCAAAGAAAGAGAUGUACCAAAAAACAUAGUAAAAGGGGUUUUGGUGUGUCUGGAUAGGUUUUUGCAACUAGUCCAGAGUUGUCUCCAGCUUCUGAUAGCACACUCAGCCUUAAGCACAUGGAAAGAAGACCUGUUAAAUUUAAAAAUUUUCUUCCACCAAAGCAUAGGUAAAGAUCAGUCAUCAUAAUCCAUGAACAUGUGUUAUGUCAUAGGGAAGACAAAUUUAGAAAAUUACUGAGAUUGGUAAACAAAAUCUGCAAUCCUGUAUAUUUAGCUUGUCCGGACUAAAAUGGUUUAAUUUCUUCAGGCAUUCUAGAAUUCUUAGCAAUUGGGCCAUGUGCACCUCAUUUGUCAGUGUGAGAUUUAUGAUCUGAACCUGGAGUAUACUACAGACCUUUUGAACCACUUGUGUCUUUGUAAUUGUUAUAAAUACCUAUACUGACCAGGGCUUGCAGUGCAAUGCCAGGCCAAUGUAUAACUUUUAUUUACAAUAAAAUACUAUUUUCACUCA